CUUCCACAAAAAUGAGAAAUCACACUGUGGUGACUGAAUUCAUCCUGCUGGGCAUCCCUCAGACAGAAGGCCUAGAGACUGCCCUUGUCUUCCUGUUCUCAUCAUUGUAUUCAUGCACCCUCCUGGGAAAUGUGCUCAUUCUUACUGCUAUCUUGUCCUCCUCCCGGCUUCACACUCCCAUGUAUUAUUUCUUGGGAAACCUGUCCAUCUUUGACCUGGGUUUCUCUUCAACUACUGUCCCCAAGAUGUUGUCAUACCUUUCAGGACACAGUCAAGUCAUCUCUUUUCAGGGCUGUGCUGCUCAGCUCUUCUUCUACCAUUUCUUGGGCUGCACUGAGUGUUUUCUAUACACAGUGAUGGCCUAUGACCGCUUUGUUGCUAUAUGUUAUCCACUGAGAUACAUGGUCAUCAUGAACCACAGAGUGUGCUCUGUAUUGGCUACUGGGACUUGGAUGAGUGGCUGUGUCCAUGCCAUUAUCCUAACCUCCCUCACCUUCAAAUUACCUUACUGUGGCUCUAAUCAGGUGGGCUACUACUUCUGUGAUAUACCUGCAGUGUUGCCUCUAGCCUGUGAGGACACAUCUCUUGCUCAUAGGGUAGGUUUUAUAAAUGUUGGUCUUUUAACUCUCAUUUGCUUAUUUCUCGUCUUUGUUUCUUACACUGGCAUUGGAAUCUCCAUAUCAAAAAUCCGCUCCACAGAGGGCAGGCAACGAGCAUUCUCCACCUGCAGCGCCCACCUGACUGCAAUCCUUUGUGCUUAUGGGCCAGUCAUCAUCAUCUAUCUGCAGCCCAACUCCAGUCCCUUGCUUGGUGCUGUAAUUCAGAUGCUGAAUAACCUUGUAACUCCCAUGCUGAACCCACUGAUCUACAGCCUGAGGAAUAAGGAUGUAAAAUCUGCCCUGAAGAGUAUAUUUUGCAAGAGAAGUCAUGAUCUAGAAAACGAAUGACUAUCCUUGAAGGUUUGAAGGAGAAAGUUUGAGUCUUGAUUUUGUAGGGCAAUUUGUCACAUACAUCUUGUGAAUCAAUGUAACACUUUAGUUCAUUACUUUAAAAUAUGUGUCUACUUUCUAUUUUCCUAUGCUUUAUUUUUUUAUUUUUUGUUACUGGGGAUCAAACUUAGUACCUUGUACUCAUGAGUUGGGAACUACAGCACUGAGCUAAAUCCCUGGCCCUUUCCUAUGCUUUAUAAUGAAAAGUGGUUGAAAACAUUUCUUAGUUGACCUUUCUCCGAUUUUUAUAUACUACAUGAACGUCUCAGCACCAUAAUAUCUCUUCAAAAUUUAUUUUUUUCUUUAAGUAUACAA